UGGAGGUACAGGUGAGACAGGUGGACGUCACAGUGACAGUUUGUCUGGAUUUUUAAUCAGCAGCAACAUCUAACAUCUCUGCAUAAAGACAUCAACACCCGGCCGAGCACAAUGGCUCAAAGACAACCAACCAUCCCUCCGCCCUACCAAGGUGACCAGGGUGCGGGUAACGUGGCAGUUUACAACACUCACCCUCCAUUCCCCACAAAAGAGACCGCAAAUGAGCCAUCAGUGUUCACCAGCGGAGGAGGAAACCUCAAUGCGGGUUUCGAAACUGGAGAUGGCAAAAAGAGGUUUGUGAGCUAUGACAGGGCGCUGGGUGAUUCUCCCGGCAUGACGACCUGCAGCUCCUGCCAGCAGCAGGUGAUGACCAACGUCACCUAUAAAGCAGGGACGUACGCCUGGCUGAUGUGCUUACUCUUCAUCUGCUGCGGGUUAGUCCUGUGCUGCUGCCUGAUUCCCUUCUUCAUGAACAGGUUCAAGGAUGCCUGGCACACGUGCCCCCGCUGCAACAAAGUGCUGCACGUUGAAAAGAGACAAUGCUGUAAAUGACGAACAUGAGGGCAGAAACUGAACCAUAGAAAUAAGAAAUUACACUGUGUUACCUUUGUCUUAUCAGCUGCACCAUUUUCACGAAACUGACAGAGAAAGGUCACAGUUCAAAAGCAUCUUGUUUUUAUGGAUAAGCCGUUACAAUGGACGCAGUAAAAAUCAAACAUCAUAUUAUUAGCAAACAGACUGGUAGUCAUUGUGUUGUCGAAGUUUAAAUAUUAUUAUAUUGCUCUUUUGUUUGUUUGUUUUUAAAGCUCUGGCAGAUUAAAUCAAACACACACCAUGCACUUUUUGGUAGCCGUUUUUUUUUUCUCCCCAUACCAGCAGAAAAAAAUCUUUCCUUAUUAUCUUUUCUGAAACUUCUGCAAACAUUUUGUUAAAAAUGAAGGCUUGUAAAUAAAUUUGAUCAAAUA